GGUAAUUCAUUCGAAGAUGAGAAUGAUGAGAACAGUCGUAUUGAAAAAAAAAUUAAAGAGAAUUCACAAGAAAGUGAUGAAGAAGUUGAGGAGAGUGACAGCGAAAUCGAUGAACUGGGAAACGAGGUUGACCAAAUCGAAAAUGGAGAGGAUGAUUCAUUUGGUACAGUGGUGUCAAAACAAAAUAUGCUUGUUGGAGAAAAUAAUCCACCACUUGAUUCACAUGUGAUAAGUGUUCAACCACAGUUACUCGAGACUUUCGAUCGAGGUUUAGCAAGACGACAAAGCAAAGGAAAAUAUCAAGCCAAGAAAUAUAUCAUGACAUAUCCUAAACCAAUUGAUGAUAGUGGUGAUGAUAUUCCUGGAAGUAUUGGAAAAAAAAUUACAAAGCGCUGGCUGAAAACGCAGGAUCCAGAUGGUUGA